GCGACCGUACAACUGAUCUCAGCCCGUGUUCUGCUUUUUUUUCUCCCUCCUUCCUUCAACACCAGCGACGACACGGAGCAAAACAGACGUCUGUGUUUUGAAGUGAAGUGCUACUGAAGCCCGGCAACCAAACCCCAACUUUCCGUCUCCUGCACGAUAACGCGAGGUGUGUGCGUUUGUGUGGCGUUCGUGGACUGCGAAGAAGUGUAAAAAAAAAGCCAGUUUUCCCCUCGACUACUCGGUGGAACGGUUUUUCCGAUCACUGACAUCACAACAAGUUAAAGGUGCAGUGGGGGCGAGGCUGCUCUCAGGCCAGAACAAACCUGUCGCCAUGGAUGUGGAUGAGGAGGAGAAUAUGAGUUCGAGCAGCACCGACGUUAAGGAAAACCGAAACCUGGACAACGUGUCCUGCAAAGACGGUGUGGGUGUGGCUGAACAGCUCCCCAAUGGAAGCGGCCUGGGCAGUCGAAAGCGGCCCUUAGAAGAAGGAAACAAUGGCCACUCGCACUCCAAGUUCCGGGCCAAGAAGCGUAAGAAAACGCCGGGACCUGUCCUGCCCAAGAAUGCUCUGAUGCAGCUGAAUGAAAUCAAACCAGGUCUACAGUACAAACUGCUGUCUCAGACAGGACCGGUCCACGCACCAGUUUUUGUCAUGACCGUGGAGGUCAAUGGACAGAUGUUUGAGGGCAUGGGCCCAACGAAGAAGAAGGCCAAACUGAAUGCAGCUGAGAAAGCACUGCGUUCCUUCGUCCAGUUCCCCAAUGCCUCUGAGGCACACCUGGCCAUGGGUCGAACACUGACAGUGAACACAGACUUUACAUCUGACCAAGCUGACUUCCCAGACAUGCUCUUCAAUGGCUUUGAGACACCAGCCGUACCUGAAGAGUCCUUCUAUCUAGGCUCCAAUGGUAGCAGCUCAUUAAACUCACUAGGGGAGUACCCACUUCCCACACCACCUGGCAGUAACCUUGUCCAGGCACCAUUGCCCCCUCCAUCGGCAUUCAGCUCACCCUCCAGUGGCAAAAACCCUGUCAUGAUCCUCAAUGAGCUCAGGCCGGGCCUCAAAUAUGACUUUGUGUCGGAGAGCGGUGAGAGUCAUGCCAAGAAUUUUGUGAUGUCAGUGACAGUGGAUACACAGACGUUUGAAGGCUCAGGGCGCAACAAGAAGCUGGCUAAAGCCCGGGCAGCCCAGGCCGCCCUCUCAGCUCUCUUCAACAUGCAGUUAGACCAGACACCAUCCCGGCAACCCAUACCAAGAGAGGGAUUGCAGCUUCACCUACCGCAGGUUCUCGCUGAUGCUGUCUCUCGCCUGGUGGUGGAUAAGUUCAGUGAGCUGACAGACAACUUCACCUCCCCCCAUGCACGACGGAAAGUCCUAGCAGGGGUCGUCAUGACAACAGGGACAGAUGUGAAGGAGGCACAGGUAAUUUGUGUCUCCACAGGAACCAAAUGCAUCAACGGUGAGUACAUGAGCGACCGUGGCCUGGCACUCAAUGACUGCCAUGCUGAAAUAAUCGCCCGACGCUCGCUCAUGAGGUACCUCUACACCCAGCUGGAGUUCUUCCUCAGCAACAGCAAAGACGAACAUCAGAGCUCCAUAUUCAUGCAUUGUGACAAGGGAGGCUACAGGUUAAAGGACAACAUCCAGUUCCACCUCUAUAUCAGCACCUCGCCCUGCGGAGACGCCAGGAUCUUCUCUCCGCACGAGGCCGGAGUAGAAGACCAAGGAGACAGACAUCCCAACCGGAAAGCACGAGGCCAGCUAAGGACCAAAAUUGAGUCGGGGGAGGGCACCAUCCCUGUGAGGUCCAGUAACACCAUCCAGACCUGGGACGGCGUCCUGCAGGGAGAGAGGUUACUCACCAUGUCCUGCAGUGACAAGAUUGCAAGGUGGAACGUGGUGGGCAUCCAGGGCUCUCUGAUGAGCUACUUCACAGAGCCCAUCUACUUCUCCAGCAUCAUCCUCGGCAGCCUUUACCACGCCGAUCACCUCUCCAGAGCCAUGUACCAGCGCAUCGCAGAUAUAGAGGACCUGCCCCAACAGUUCACCCUCAACAGACCUCUACUCAGUGGUAUUAGUAAUGCAGAAGCCAGACAGCCAGGCAAAGCCCCAAACUUCAGCGUGAACUGGACGGUGGGUGACCAGGCGCUGGAGGUGAUCAACGCAACCACCGGCAAGGACGACAUGGGCCGCGCUUCACGCCUCUGCAAGCACGCCCUGUACAGCCGCUGGGUGCGCCUACACUCCAAGCUGUCAUCCAUCCUGAGGAUCAAGGUGCUCAGGCCCAGCUCCUACCAUGAAGCCAAGCAGGCAGCCACAGAGUAUCACUCCGCCAAGCAGGCGCUCAUCAAGGCUUUCCACAAGGCCGGCCUAGGGGCAUGGGUCAAAAAGCCCAUUGAGCAAGACCAGUUUACCCUCUGCUCCUGAGGGAUGGGACCAAGGGACUCCUAAACCCCCACUACCACCCCCCCACCCCCCGACCCAGGCCUGAAAGAAAGACAGCCCCGUAUUAACAACCAGCCCGCAAAGACACUUACCUCCGUCCCAUAACGUUUGCACGCACACGGAAAUAAACGUGCAUAGUUUCAUAAACCAUCCACAGCUCAUCAUUCUCAUUCCUCAGAGGACCUCAGCCUCACCGUGUCCUUUCUCAUCAUAUUGACUUUUGUCCUUUUUAUUUAGAUUUUUAUGGAUGGUGUGUUUUUUUUGUUUUUUCAUCUACUUGUUUUCUGUUUUAAAACUGGAAUCCAUUGUUUUACACCUCUUUGGUUGUUUUUUUGUUUCCCAGAUAAAUCUUGUUUUUAAUGACGUAGAUGUGGACGUUAAAAUUCUACAUUUCUGUCUGUUUUCAUUGAUAGAUGAGUGUAGUCAGUUUAGGGUAAAAUGUAGAAACAGAGGCUGAUCAUUGUCAACUAAAACCAACAUGUAUGGACCUAAAAAAAUGUUACUUGUUAAAAAUAAUAAUAACUAUGACAAAGUUUUAAUUUAAAGAUGCAAGAUGUAAAUCUAGUACUGAAAAGACAGAGAACAGAAAAUAGUUAUAACAUUUAAAUGUGUGUUAUUUGGUCCGUUCCUUAGAUGAGACUCUAUGUUUUUAGCCCCUGUAUUAAAGAUGAAGAUGUUUAAAAAAAAAAAAAAUACUGUGGCCCUGAUCUAUUCACUGACUGGAAAUAAUAUGUAGGCAGGUGUCACAGCAGUUUAGUACAUUUUUUUUUUUGUUGGUUUUAGGUCUUUUUCAUUCAUUCGUGCGUAUGUUCUGUAAGUUAUUUUAUGUUACUCUCAUUUCAUACUUGAACAGUGGGGGGGUAAGGGGGUCAUGUCGAGUGUCUCGUAGCCGCCCUGACUCCUCCCCCCCUCGCCUGGGUCUUGGGACAAGUUUUGGGAGGUGCUGCACGUUGUAUUUUUUUCCUUGAUCUAAGCCAUGGCUUUGCAUGGGAACUGAACUGGGAGGCCCGCAGAGCAGAAAACAUGUGGUGGAGAGCCCCGUGCGUCCAUCAGUGAAUGAUUUUGAAUGAAUGCCAGCAUAUUCCUCCACAGGCAGCUUUGAAUCUGUGUCUCUAUUUUCUAGAUUUCUUG